GAACCGAUAAAGAAGAAAAAUGAGUGCUUAGAGGCGUAUUGACUUGGUGAUGGUCAUGAGAUAAGAACAACAAAGACUCAGUGAGGAAAAAGAAAAGUCAAGUUGAGGUUCAGUCCAGAGUAGGCGGCAGGCAGCAGGCAGCCCCGAUUGCCAGACUCCCCUCUACCAAGAUGAUUUUCGUGGUUUCGAGGAUGAUUCUCUUCAUGGCAGGCCUUCUAGGCUCUGUCACCUCUGUGCAGGUGACCAUCCCAGUGAAGGUGGUGAAUGUGACGGUUGGGAUGGACGCCACUCUGCUCUGCACAUACACCAGUACCGCCCCAUCUACGAGCCAGUUUACCAUCCAGUGGUCCUUCUACCACAUCAAGAAAUUCAAAAUAAUCUCUCACUACCCAUGCCUCAGUAUUCAGAGUAUGGAGGAAAAGGCAAUCAGUCAGUGUCUAAAAGUGGUGCAUACGAGAGAUGUUCGGGGAAGAUGUAGCUGGACUUCUCAGAUAUAUUAUUCUGUGAAUGGACAACCAUCUGACAUUGGAAAAUAUAAGGACCGGAUUACAGGGGCCUCAACCCCAGGAAAUGCCUCCAUCACUAUCUCCAAAAUGCAACCUUCAGACAGUGGCGUUUAUAUCUGCGAUGUCAUCAACCCAGAUGACUUUCAGGGAACUAACCAAGGAUACAUUGUGGUCAACGUGUUAGUGAAACCUUCAAAGCCUCAUUGCAGCAUCCGAGGGACCCCAGAAGCAGAGCAUCCCAUCUCCCUUUCCUGCUACUCUAGUGAAGGGAUGCCACCGCCUGUGUACCAGUGGUUUAAAUUGGAGGAAGAUACCAUCAAACCUGUGAAAGAGUAUUACAAUCCAACGACCGGGCUCUUGGUUAUCAGCAAUCUGACCAACUUUGAAAAAGGACACUACCGGUGUAUCGCUAGCAACAGUCUCGGGAACAGCUCCUGCGAGCUUGAUCUCACUGCUGGACAUUCAGAAGCGGGCAUCAUCGCCGGGGCACUGAUCGGAGCGAUCCUGGCAGCCAUCAUCAUCUGCUUGAUUGUUUGGUUUUUCAUGACCAAGUCCAAGUCCAAGAAAAGAAAAGAGAUUACAAAGGAGAUGCAGCCUAUAACGAAGACACUCCAAAGUGCGGAGUACGAGUCUGUGCCAGCCCAGGAAACUACCUCCCGAGAAGUGCCUCCAUCAACCAAAGAGCCUGAAUUAUUAGCCCCCAACCAUGAAGAGGCUGAAGGAGAGGAGAAAUAGGCUGUGACUAAAGACACAGCUGCAUUACAGCCAACCCACCGGUAGUGUUUGGAGCUGAGUUGCCAUGGAAACCCCCCAUAACAAAGCCUGCCUGUGAUUAUAGCCUAGACAUCCACAUAUUUCCUAUUCUCAAUCUCAGGCAAGAGCCUCAUUUUAGCUACCCAAGAAAUACAAGGGCUCCUGUACAAUAUGUUGGCAGUGUGCUAUUUUGCUUAACUAUAUUUCUAAAAUAUGUACAGGCAAUUUGGUGGAUGGAGAGAUCCUUGGACCUGGGAGUCCGGAGAUUAAGUUUCUGCCAUUAUCCCCACAUGUGACUGAGAAAAUCCCUUCUCUUCUUUAAGCCUCAGUUUCCCUAUCUGUAACAUGAGGGGUGGGAGUGGACCAAAUGGUUUUUAAGGGCUCUGAUAACUCUGUCACACUAUGAUG